AUGCCUAUACGGAUUGAUAAGCUGUCGGGCUUUGCAGCUGGCUCGGCUUCAUUGCCCCUGGGAAGGGACUCCAAGAAGGGGGGCAGGCUGGGGCAAGGAGAAGAGGCCAUGGCUGUGGAGCCCAAUGAAAUCGCCUGUGAUGCUGAAGUUCGCAGCUGCCAGCACACACACGUACUCAACCAGGGACCUGUUCUACAUGGCCUCUUCGACCCCAGCUACUUCCACGACUUUCAACGCAGGCUGAGAGAGGAAGUGGCAACUUCACAGCAGCUCAAAGCAGCCACUAACGACUCAGAGGCGAGCAGCGGCAAUGAUCGGCAGGCUCCGCGCGUCUUCAGCAAGGACGAGUCGCAGAAGACGGAGUCGGAAGGGGAGGGCGAGGACAUCGAGGAAGCGGAGUUCAAGAUCGCAGACGAGACUUCGGACGAGGAGACCUCCCAAGAUCGCGCAAUGAUCGACGACGCCCCUCAGGAAGAGGAGAACGAGGUGGUGCGGUGCUGCCGGAUGAACGCUGCGAUGGAGACAGAUUCGGAGGCAGAGGGCUUCUCCCAAGUGCUGGCGAGGCUCAAGCGGCGCGCACCUGGUGGGGCGACCAGCCCGCUCCAAAGCCGCCGCCGCCGCCGCGUGCUACUCUCAUCCUCUGACUCCUCGGGCGAGGAGGAGGACAGUCCGUCCCAGGGUCGCAGCCAGGCCGUGAGCGUCGAACACCCCCCCGUGCCAAAGGAAGGGGGUGCGCUUGGGACGGAUUGCCAGAUGCUAGACGACCUCUCUCCCGAAUUGGAGGAUGACGGCUGGUCGGACGACCUCCCGCCAGAGCCCGAGGACGACGGCUGGUCAGACUUGUUCGACCUGAGCCUGGAGGACGACUUCGCCAAAUCGUGCGUGAUCGUCCCACGUCUGCGCUGGGCCAGCCGCCAGACCACAGCUGCCAACGGUGCCCCGACCGCCCUCGACGCGGCCGGGCAAGCCUCGCUGGAGCCGCCUACUUCGCUCUCCGCCCCCAUUCCGAGCGCUGCGGCUGCCCAGAGCGCAAUCAGGGCAGCCCAGCAAGAGCAGAACACACCUGCUGCGGCCCAGGGCUUGGGGCGCGCGCCCAACUCCGUCCCUGCCCCUGCCCGCUCAGCCACGCCUGCUGCCCCAGAGCCGGACGUGGCUGCGCCCCGCUACCCCCCGCCCUCCUCGACCUCCCAGCCACCCCCAUCUCCCCCCAUCGUUUCCAAAGGCAGCGCGGUGCAAGAGACGGUGUCCCCUCGUCAGGUACCGAGCCCAGCAAACAUGGGGGGACCGUCGCGAGUCGACCCCAUCUUGGCCGCCGCUCAUCACUUUCACACAAUGGGUGUGGCGUCGCUGACGUUCAACAUGAAGGUCUGGCUGAACGACAAGGGCGAGGAGAAGAAAGCACCCGCGGGCCUCAUGCGGGAGUGGCAAAACAAGUGCGACCUCGGAAACUGCCUGCGUGAAGGGGUCCGACCUGGGCGGGGCUGCGUUGCAAUCGUGACCGAGCCCUCCGACAUCUAUGCCCUCGACGUCGACACGAAGGACGGCGGUGUUGAGGCCUUUGAGCGGAUGCUGGAAGAGCAUGGUCCCCUGCCGGACGACACCCCAUGGGAGUGGUCGGGGAACAGGCCCGGGAGACACUUCUUCUUCUCCCUGUCGCAGUCCAAGGCCGCGGGGUUGCUGAGCGGAGCCGGAAGGACUCGUCUGACCUACAAGGGCGUCAAGGUGGGCCUCGACAUGCGCGGCGAAGGAGGGAUGCUGUUCGUGGGCCCCAGCAGCUACAAGGGCUCGGACGGCGCGGUCCGGCAGUACGAGUGGGUGCAAGAGAUAGCGCCGGAUCGGUCCAACCUCAGGGCCUUGCCCCCGUGGCUGAUCGAGAUCAUCAACGCCAGCGACGUGCCGCAAGCAGCACCAAGGAUCUGGAACGACGGAAAGACCUGGUGGAUGUGGGAUGGGAAGCGCUUCAAGCAGGCUACUGUCGAGAGGGUCAAGUUCGUCUGCAUCCACCAGCUCAGCACAGUUUAUUCUCGACUCCGAGCAGAAUUGAAGGAGCAACUAAGCGUAACUACCGACGAGGAGGAGAAGAAGGAGCUAAAGAGAGCUCUUGACAAAGUGAGACGAUACUACGACGCUGGCGAGAUCAGCUCGACCUUGACGAUCAUGACGGGGGAGAUGGCCCUAGAUCUGGUUGGGGAGCUGGACUCCAAUCCAGACAUCCUCAACGUCCAGAACGGGGUCAUAAACCUGCGCACCGGCGAGCUGGACAUCCACAGGCCGGAGUACCUGUGCACGAAGCUGGCUGACAUCAACUACAAGGGGCUAGGUCACUCGACGCCCAUCGUCAAGGGCUUCUUGGAUGACAUCUUCAACGAGGACCGAGCGUUGAUCGACUUCAUGCAGAGGCUCUGGGGGUAUGCCAUCAAAGGACGUACCUCGGAGGAGAUCAUUGUGUUCUUACUCGGAAGCGGCGGUCACCCGACGCCCAUCGUCAAGGGCUUCCUGGACGACAUCUUCAACGAGGACCGAGCGUUGAUCGACUUCAUGCAGAGGCUCUGGGGGUAUGCCAUCAACGGACGUACCUCGGAGGAGAUCAUUGUGUUCUUACUCGGAAGCGGCGGUAUGUCUUUCCCUCCUUUGGCUCCGAUUGUCUUCGUCCAACUGCUCCUUUUUUUCUUUCGGCCGUGUUUGUCAACUGAGAUCAAUGGCGCGAACGUGUCUUAG